AUGACGGCAAAGUACGAUUCUGCUGCUCAGCACAUCGAGAAGUCCAAUGUUACCCACCUGGAGGUCGUAGCUGACCCAGAAUUACUUUCGGGAGCUUGCAUAGCAGAGAAUAGAGAGCACGAGCAGAGCUUAUGGCAUGCGGCCAAGAAACAUCGCAAAGUAUGCUUCUGGGCAGCCAUGAUGACUUUUACCAUCGUCAUGGAGUCCUACUGUUCGUACCUAACUGGUAAAAUCGUCGCUCUUCCAUACUUUCAAAAGCGGUACGGUGUAGAGAUAGGGCUCAACGCCGAAGGUGUCAUGCGAUACGCCAUUGAGACGAAAUGGCAGUCUUCUCUCCACCAAGCCGGUCAAUGCRGUGCUUUUGUCGGAGCUCUUCUAGCCGGACCAGUCACCAACAAACUCGGAUAUCGAUGGACGACUCUCCUUGCGGUGUUUACGAUGAAUGCGGCAAUCUUCAUAUCGUUCUUCGCCGAUUCCUUGGAGGUUCUGGUCAUCAGCCAAGCAUUCGAAGGUAUACCCUGGGGAUUCUUCAUUGCCAACUCUCCCGCCUACGUAAGCGAGAUAGUCCCGCUCAAAUUGCGAGCUGCAUGUGCCUCGACAAUACAGACAUGCUGGUCUCUUGGCGGCAUUAUUGCUGGUGCAGUCUGCUAUGCAAACAAUCAACGCGAUGAUCAAUGGAGCUGGCGACUUGCAAUGGCCCUCCAGUGGAUGUUUCCGGUUCCACUCCUGGCUGUCCUCUUCUUCGCCCCAGAGUCUCCCUACUGGCUAAUCCGUCACGGCCGCAGUGAAGAAGCACUGCGGUCUAUCAAACGUCUGGGCCACGAUCUUGACCAAGAAGCCAGUGAGACGUUGGCAAUGAUGGAGAGGACGAUCGAGAUCGAAGUCCAUGAGAUUGGCGAUCCACCCAUUCUUGACCUUUUCAAAGGUGUCGAUCUUCGACGCACAGUCAUCAUUUCUUUGGUGUACGCCUCGCACAAUUUCGCUGGGAAUAUGAUCACCACCCAGGCCGUCUUCUUCUUCGAACAAGCUGGACUGAGCACCAAUUUCUCCUUCCAACUAGGACUCAUCAAUUCCUCUCUGGGAUUCAUCGCCACCCUCCUCUCAAUCCCACUCGGAGCCCGCUUCGACCGCCGAAAAAUCUUCUUAGCAGGCUGUCUGAUCAACACAAUCUUCCUCAUCCUGAUCGGAGCUUCGGCCUCUGUUCCUCAAAACACCGCCACGAGCUAUGCACAGGCCAUCGGGGCCGUCUUGAUUACAUUCGUCUAUACAGGGUCUCUCGGACCAAUCUCCUACUCCAUCAUCGCGGAGACCUCUUCUGUGCGACUUCGCGCGCUAUCGACCGGAGUUGGCAGAGCAGCGUACUACAUAACAGAGAUUCCGAUGAUCUAUCUUGCGAGUCGUUUGUUGAAUCCCACGGGCUGGAAUCUAGCAGGGAAAUCUGCAUUUGUCUGGGCUGGGACUGCGAUGGUAUGUUUUGUGGCAGCACAUGUGGGCUUACCGGAGAUGAAGGGCAGAAGUUAUCGAGAGUUGGAUAUUCUAUUCGGGAGGAAAACUCCUGCCAGGCGGUUCAAGGAGACGGUGAUUGAUAUCAAGGAUAAUGAGUAA